AGAUAAAUUUAUUUAUUUUGUUUUUUUUUUGGUAUGGAUAAUUUUAGGAUAAUCAUUUUAAUGGUAAUUUGUUUUAAAGUUCUUCCUCCUAGUCUGGGCGACUGUACAAUUUCGCGAAAUAUGGUGGAGGGGACGAAUCGCAUUUUCACCUAUCGCGAUUCAAAAGGACACUAUCAACUACAGCGCUUGGAAAUUGUGCCCACGGGAGUCACUCUCCACAUGUUCUGCUCAUCUUCAGAUGUGAUAGAAACAAAAUGUCAGGAUGAUGGACGUUUUUCCGAACCUUUACCCAUGAGUUGUAAUAAUCCAAUGCCCACUACAUUGACUCGCAUAAAGGAUAAUGAUUGCCCGGCCACAAUGUAUGCAGUAGGUUAUGUAAUACAGAGUCAACAAUUGGAACUUUAUAGAACUUGCUUUGAUUCAAACACUCUAAGGGUUCACUACUCAACAAGUGAUGUCUAUUACAAGACAUUUUUUCCCCGACGUCCGUGGGUGGAAUUUCUCACCGAUGAAAUGUUAACACCUGCCGAGGCAGCUUCUUAUAUGAAACAAAGAAUUUACAAUAAUUUUUGUUAUAUCUUUGGCGAAAAUCAGACAUAUUUGCCCAGUCCUGGAGCUCUUAUCAUAAAUCGCGGACAUAUGGUGGCCUCGGCCGAUUUCCUUUUCAUCGAUCAAAUGGGCAGCACCUUUCGUUAUCUCAAUAUUGUGCCUCAAAUUAAAUCGAUCAAUGAUGGCAAUUGGAAGCUAAUCGAAGAAUCGGUGCGUCGUAUGGUUCCGGCGAAUUCGCCAUUUCGUGUAAAAACUGGAGGAAUCGGUACGCUUAUGUUAACGGAUGAAGUAGGAACUUAUAGAGCUGCUUGCUUAUACGAUACCAACAAAAUUCCCGUGCCCGCGUGGACAUACAAAGUGGUCAAAGAUGCCAAUGGCAAUGGAUUAUAUGUCUUCUUGACAUACAAUUGUUCAUUUGAUAGGGAACGACCUGAAGCUUUGAGCAUUUGCAGUCCAGUUCAAUGUCCUUUAUAUUUGCCAUUUAACGCAGUGAAUGGUUACACUUUUUGCUGCGAUCCUUCAAAAUUUCCCUACUAAUUAAACAGGAACUGAAUUUUUUAUAGCCAAUUAGAAUUAUAAAAUAAUAAAGGACAAGGUUGC